UGGCAGAGAGGGGUGGAGGACACUGAGUGGAGGCCAGUGGACAGAUUGGCAGAGGGGGUGGAGGACACUGAAUGGAGGCCAGUGGAGGGAUUGGCAGAGGGGGGUGGAGGACACUGAGUGGAGGGAUUGGCAGAGAUGGGGUGGAGGCCAGUGGAGGGAUUGGCAGAGAGGGGUGGAGGACACUGAAUGGAGGCCAGUGGAGGGAUUGGCAGAGGGGGGUGGAGGACACUGAGUGGAGGCCAGUGGAGGGAUUGGCAGAGAGGGGUGGAGGACACUGAAUGGAGGCCAGUGGAGGGAUUGGCAGAGGGGGGUGGAGGACACUGAGUGGAGGCCA